AUCAUUCACGUGGUCGAAGAAGACAAGAUGGCGGCCAGUUUCUUUAACAAGCUUGCAGGGCUCGGUUUAGGGGUUGCUGUAGUCGGAGGCGUUGUUAAUACAGCCCUUUUUAACGUGGAUGGUGGACAUCGUGGUGUAAUCUUUGAUAGGUUUCAGGGAGUCAAACCUGAUGUAAUUGGAGAAGGAACGCACUUCUUAAUCCCUUGGGUUCAAAGACCAAUCAUAUUUGAUAUCCGGACCAAGCCAAGAAAUGUCCCUGUCACUACUGGUAGCAAAGAUCUGCAGACUGUCAACAUUACUCUCAGAAUUCUGUUCAGACCUCAACCACAGGUCCUACCCAAGAUAUAUAUGAAUCUUGGUGAGGAUUACGAUGAAAGAGUAUUGCCGUCCAUUACUACAGAAGUUCUUAAAGCUGUUGUGGCCCAGUUUGAUGCUGGUGAACUUAUUACACAAAGAGAAUUGGUUUCUCAAAAAGUCCAGGAAGACUUGACAGAACGUGCCGCUAGCUUCGGCAUCACACUAGAUGAUAUAUCUUUGACUCAUUUAACAUUUGGCAGAGAGUUCACAGAGGCUGUAGAGUUAAAACAAGUUGCUCAGCAAGAGGCAGAGAGAGCCAGGUUCCUUGUGGAAAGAGCCGAGCAACUUAAGAAAGCUGCAGUCAUCACCGCUGAAGGAGACGCCCGAGGUGCCCAGCUGCUUGCCAGUUCUUUUAAGGAGGCUGGUGAGGGUCUUGUUGAGCUUCGAAAGAUUGAAGCUGCCGAAGAGAUAUCAGAAAGAAUGUCAAAAUCUCGUAACGUUGCCUACCUUCCUGGGGGGCAAAACUUGUUGCUUAACUUACCUGUCAAUAGAUAAAAAAUCUACAGCAAAAUCAUAAUUUUUUUGUUGGUCUGAUUAAAAGUUUCCAAGUGUAAUURCUUGAGUCUACAGCA